AUGGUUGUUAUGAUGGAUUGGGAUUCAGAAGACAAAGGCAACACAUACCCAUUUUUUGGUUUACGCGAUCCUUUCUCUGGUCAUAAUGAGAUGGAUUUUGAGCUUCAUGGCAUCUACAUGGAUCAUGAACCAGACGAAGAGUUCAUUACUCCACUAGACAAGUGUAAGGAUACAUUUCUUAAUGUGUUACUAACUGAUGAAAUUAUUAGAAACUCUAGUUUGACUGAUGAUGUAAGAGCACAAGUGUAUCAUGGUCGUGACUUACAAAGUGAUGAAGACGAAGAAGAGCAAGAACAGGUUGUUAUGAUGGAUUGGGAUUCAGAAGACAAAGGCAACACAUACCCAUUUUUUGGUUUACGCGAUCCUUUCUCUGGUCAUAAUGAGAUGGAUUUUGAGCUUCAUGGCAUCUACAUGGAUCAUGAACCAGACGAAGAGUUCAUUACUCCACUAGACAAGUGUAAGGAUACAUUUCUUAAUGUGUUACUAACUGAUGAAAUUAUUAGAAACUCUAGUUUGACUGAUGAUGUAAGAGCACAAGUGUAUCAUGGUCGUGACUUACAAAGUGAUGAAGACGAAGAAGAGCAAGAACAGGUUGUUAUGAUGGAUUGGGAUUCAGAAGACAAAGGCAACACAUACCCAUUUUUUGGUUUACGCGAUCCUUUCUCUGGUCAUAAUGAGAUGGAUUUUGAGCUUCAUGGCAUCUACAUGGAUCAUGAACCAGACGAAGAGUUCAUUACUCCACUAGACAAGUGUAAGGAUACAUUUCUUAAUGUGUUACUAACUGAUGAAAUUAUUAGAAACUCUAGUUUGACUGAUGAUGUAAGAGCACAAGUGUAUCAUGGUCGUGACUUACAAAGUGAUGAAGACGAAGAAGAGCAAGAACAGGUUAUGGGGAAUAAUUCAUAG